ACAAACCAGACAUGGCUGAAAUUGAGAAAUUUGACAAGUCGAAAUUGAAGAAGACAGAGACGCAAGAGAAAAACCCGCUGCCUUCAAAAGAAACAAUUGAACAGGAGAAGCAAGCGGGUGAAUCGUAAUGAAAUCUGCCCUUCCAAAUUAUGCACUGUACAUUCCACAAGCAUUGCCUUCUUAUUUUACUUCUUUUAGCUGUUUAACUUUGUAAGAUGCAAAGAGGUUGGAUAAAGUUUAAAAUGACUGUACUGCCCCUUUCACAUCAAAAGAAUAGAGAGAACUACUGACACUGAAUGAAGGCGCUGCCUUUCCCUCUGCCUGUCUGGCUUUGGUCCUGGUGGCAUGAAAGAGCUUGCAUGUUGAUGAAAGAAGAACUUGGGUGGGACUACAGUAAACUAUAGUAACACACGAAUAAAUGCAAAGCUGUACCAAGGUCCUGCGAGCUGUAAAAUGCAGUUAAUCGAGUGCCAUUUUUUUUUUUGUUCAAAUGAUUUUAAUUAUUGGAAUGCACAAUUUUUUUAAUAUGCAAAUAAAAUGUUUUAAAACCUG